AACGAACUCAAGCCUUCACGCCGCCCUCAUCACUCCUCGUCAACAUCUCCGCUUCUUCGUUUCAAUCCCACCUGCGAGCUUAUCCAGCAGGAGGUGAGGAUGCGCUCGAGAUCCCAAUAGCGAGAUCCAUCGUUUCCCACUCAUCCGUGCGUGUUUUUUUCGUCAGGGGUGUGUCGAUUGUCGAAGAUCCGAAUGAAUGGCGGGUGUUGAUGCCUCGAGCAUGGAAGAAGACGAGCACAAACCCAGACAAGAUGACAGUAAGGCUUCUGAGGGCCAACCAGCGAAGGACGAGGAUGACAGAGCGCCGGCUGCAGGUCAUAGACUCGAAGGUUCAAUCGAGUGCGCUCAUCGUUGUGCUCGGUGUGUCACUAGAUUGGCGUCACGCGGCUGUCGAGCAAGCUAUCGGGGACAUUCAGCACUGCGACUUCGUCGCAAUAGACCUCGGUACACGCAAUGUGAGGCGUUGGGCUUUCUGAGAGCUCUGUCUUCUAUGCAUCUGUGUGCAGAGUUCACUGGUCUCUUCAAGGACGGCACGUCACGCAAAUCUACUAUGGAGGUAUUUUCGCACAGACGGGCAAGGAGAGGCAUGGAUGCCUAUCGUGUGUUGCCUGUGAAUAUCCAGCUGUACUAUGACCACUGCCGCGACAGCGUCCCACAGUUCCUGACGGGUGAGUGCGACGACCAAAGGUGGCACAGGCACGCUGCUGGGGUGGAAGACUACUCUGUUCGUGUGGCUGUGUGUCUGUGCGUGCAGUGCAGCUGGGCAUUUGUGCGGUCAAGCGUGAUGCAGAGGACCCGAAUAUGUGGGUGCUGUCGCCACACAACUUCAACGCGUUCCCAGCACUGGUACGGCGUGUGGGUGUGGCGGUCAACCACCAUGAGUGAGUGAGUGGCGGUCUCCCCGUAUGUGUGUUUAUUGGAUGCAGCGUCGAGUGUUUCUUUGCGACACAAGCUCCCUUCGCUUCCUCAGACGGAAUGGAUUUGACCUCAACAAAUGGAUUGAUGACAGGUCGGUAGGCUGAUGGAAAAAGGGAGGAGGCAGGGAGGUCAGUGUGGGCGGGCGAUGUGGUGUGGCGUUGGUGUGUGUAUGUCCUGAUCGAAGGGUCGAGUACGCCCGUCUGGCUGAGGUGCAGAAUGCAAAGGAAUCCUAUCUCGCAUCAAAACUGAUGCCCCAGGUGAGCCACACGCAGCCAGCCAUCCAACAAACAAACGCCUACCUAUCGGUGUGAUUUUGUCAGGCUGUGAUGGAUAGCGGCCUUCAGUGCGUGUUGGAGUGCAUCAUCGAGGCAGAGCGGCCCGUGGUGCUGCACCACGGCCUUCUCGACAUGCUGCACAUAUACGACAAGUUCAUCGGGUGGGUGACGAGCACGCGCAUCCCUCUGCAAUGCAUUUUCAAGGCUCAUUCUCUGUCUCUCUGUGUGUGUAUGUGUCCGUCGUUCAGUGAGUUGCCCAGGGACCUGGGUGCCUUCUGCACCGAGUGGCUGCGCCUUUUCUCUGGCGGUGCUUUUGACACGAAACACCUGGCGUCACAGGGACGGUACAGUGUGCUGCAUCUCAACCACAGCAGGGGGUACGCACUCAGGGACGGGUCGGCAGGAUCUGUGUGUGGGUGACAUGACAGCCGUCUCCUUUGCAUGUCUGUCUGGCUGGCUGGCUGGCUGGCUGCAGGAGCACGUCACUUGACGACCUGCGGACACACUUGCUCAAGUAGGCUGGAGGAUGGAAAAUGAAUCGACCGACGGUCACCUUUCUGUUAAUAUGUCUAUGUGUGCAGGCAGUCCCACAUCAGUGCCUUCAAAAUAGCCACUGCCCGCAGCAGCUCCACCUACUCACUCGAGCGUCCUCACGAGGCGUCCAACGAGCACGAGGCGGGGUUCGAUGCGCUCGUGACGGCACAGAUCUUCAUCAUAGAGUUGGAGCUCUUCUUCAGGGCGCAGCAGAGGGCGACGCAGACGGACGGCGGACCGCCGCAGAAGAGGCAAAAAGUGGCUGAGGGGACUGCUGCUGAAGGGGAGGAGGGAGAGCCCGAAGGGGCUGUGACGGAGGCCUCGAGUGGCCCGACAAUGUACGUCUGUGAGCAAUCAGCCAUAGUGGACAUACACACACAGAUGACGGAUAUGGUAAUGGCUGUGGUUGUGGUUGUGUGUGCACUCAGUCCGCUGGAUUGGCUGUCGUCUUCCUUGUGCCACCGCUUCCGCGACACGAUUGAAGGUCCGCCUGCAGCACAGCACACACCCCACCACUGAAUCGCACACGAUCCAUCCCGUUCUCCUCUCCAUCACUCUUCUCGUGCAGUGUCUGGCGUGCCCCCUGGCCAUGUAUCGAUGGCCAAGCACCUGAAGCGAAGCGACGCCGAAGCGCCGGCUGCUGCGGCUGAUGCUGGUGGCGCUGUCGUCGCAGCAACGAGUGAGGAUUCUGUGGUAGAUGAGACGCGUGGGUGGAGGGAAGGGCGAGAGAGGAAUGGGAGCAGGAAUGGAGGGCGGAAGAGGGGUGUGGGGGGAGACGCCAGGGGAGGUGGAGGUGGGCUGGGCGCCAAGUGAGGUCUGUGUGUCGAUUGUGAUAGAGUAAAGGGAUGGCACAGACAAAUACGUUUACGAUGUGGGGGCUGUGACAGUAGACCAGACCAGCGUCUGACAGUC